UGACCGCCUAAAAGCCCAUGAUGCUCACCGCGCGGCGGGGGCGCCCUCCUCUUCCACGCCGCCUCCGUAAUUCACUGGGAAUUAGGGUUUCUCUACUGGCACACGUACCCAAUCCCAACCGUCGAUGCCCGAGCGCUCACAUCCCAACCCUCCAUAGCCAUCGGACUCGCGUCUAUAAAUUAGGAGGUGACCCCUGGUAACCUAACCCUAAUUUGCUGCCGAUCUUUGGGGCGUUCUCUUCCGUUUAUAAUUUUCCCAGAGGCGGCUUGUUUCUUUUCGCUGUGUUUGUUGCGUAUUUAGCAGCAACAGGUGCGAUCUGAUCGAUGGCGGGAGGUAAUUUCCUGGGCAGGGUCAUCAGCUACGUCGUCAACGAGGUUGUCGUUGAGGGCCUAGCCAACAACCCAACAUUUCAAAGGUUUGCAGUGCGAACAUCAAAGACUUUAGAAGAGCUUUCUACCAAAGCUGCUCAGGCAAGGGAGGAACUGGUUGAGCAGUUGAAGGAUGUAAGCAAAAAUGUUGAU